AUAAUUUACACUUACCCCCCAAUCAGACAAAAAGCAGAGGAUCGUCACGUAACAUCGGCAAAUAAACGUAAGGAUUUUAUUACUUGAAGCGUCCGAGGCUUUUUUUCAGCAUUGUGGUCAUUGUGUGAGUAGGGAAUAGCGAUUUAUAGGUUUUUAGAACGUUCCACCUUUAGCUUCCUUUAUUAUCUCUGGUGCUGUAGCUGUUUUUCUAUCUUCUGUGUACAAUUUCAAAAGAGACGACACAACUAUUUCAUUUAUCGACGCCAAAACUUGCUUUUUUUACAAGUUUUUCACGUCCACCUACCACAUUACUUUUUUUGCUUUGUUGUCUCUUUCUGCUUGCGCUUUUCCAGGCUCUCCAGUUUUGUUUUACAACCUGCUUUCUGUAAUACGUGGCGCGCGUAAAAUAAAACUGGAAAAGAUUUGCCGGCACCAUCAACUAGUGGACUCCUUGAAACCAGUACUGCAGAAACUGAACCACGCUAGAACUUUAAUUGGCAAAGUAGAUCGUCUCCGAGAAAAGCAAACGCAAAACGCUAAUUGUGCGCACAGGCAAACGCACAUCGACAACGCAACCAGCCGUGGUUAGAUACGGCAGGUGCUAUAGCUUCCAUGGUUGACUAAAGACAAAACACGUGGCGGAUAAAAGUUUUUGCGUAGCUAGACGAGACUGUUUUCGAAAAGAGGUGGCAGACUGAAAGAUAAAGAAUUUUCCACUCCAGCGCCACCUUUUUUAGCGCAUGUUGUUACAACCUAAAACCGCUAUUUAAUGAUAAUCGUUGUUUAACACAAUACUGAUACGGAUAUGCCUCAAACGCCAAGUCAAUUGCAGUUUUGCAGCGGCUUGUCGUAGUUCUACGACAAGGGUUCUUUGCCCCAGCGCACUAGCGUGCCAUUUGAUCUGCUGCGCACUAGUGUCGCCGGGGGUAAGUAGAUAAGUGCUGCACUGGCAGGUAUUAUUGUAAAGUAUUGCCUCAGGAGUAGAAGUAGCGUUCGCGCGAAAUAAACACCAAACAAUAGAAGCUACACGUCCGGAAAAAACACACUGAGGCAAUAGCGUGCCGCAGCUCUACUGAACACAGAACAACGCUUCAAAGAUAAGCAUUCGGCUGCUAAGAACUUCUGGCGUCAUCAAGUUUAGAACGAAAAAAUAAACGCAAAAAACUAAAACACAAUUUAAGAGCGUGGUAAUUUCAGUAGUAGUUUUGAGAUGAAAAAGAAGUAGGAGAGAACAAGCAAAUACAAUUGUACUUGGUGGGUAGAAAUAAGAGCUUCUGAAAAGUGCCACGGGGAAGAAACGACACGUCGUACUUUCUUCUUUCCAACAAUCAAACUUUUUGUUUUUGGUUGUGGAAGAAUUCCAGUAGCAGUCCCGAGAAGCUUCGCAACCAGCACCGGCGGGAGAAAGAAAAGACCAUAAAACACCGGACGUUCAAACCCGCGUCGAUAUUGAGAACAUCAGUACAUACUGUGACCACGCCGAAUCUUCUCAUCUUCAAACAGACCACGUAAUAAGUGGAUUGGACGGCUGCAUAAGCUAGCAUAAGGAACACAAUUACAGACUAAAGUAUGGCGACUGCCGACGUGGUAGCUCCGGCCUCGGACGACAACUCCGACCUUGCAAAGAAUGGGGCGUCACCAACGCUGCACACGCCCGAUGCCGCGACCGCGGUGAGUGACUUGCAGAAGUCCGUGCAGGCGGCUGCAGGAGCAAGCACCGGGCCAUUACCCGCGAGAGAAACGGACGAGACUUACCUGCAGGGCCACGUGAAGACGUACUCCACCAGAAAAGGGUUUGGGUUUAUCACCUCCGAGCAAUUGCAGUCGAUUACCGGCGAUAUCUUCGUUUACAACACACAUUUAGUGGGGCGCAUCGGUCUCAUUGCCGGGGAGCGCGUCGAAUUCAUCUUAUUUUACGACCCCCAGACGCUGCGACCCCAGGCCCGAAAUGUGCGCGUGCUGGAACCAGCACCAUCCGGGGACGCCGCCCCCGCGAUGGAACCGCCCGCGACUGCGGAGGAAAUCGAAAAGUUGAAGAAGUUGAAUGACGAAGCCAAGAGAAAGGCACAAAUUAGCGGGCCACCGGUGCCCACCAACAAUCAGAUAGGAGGUGGCGGAAUGGGAGCUGUACAGGGAAUGAUGGGCAUGGGAGGUAUGUUCGUUACUUUUGUAUUCGGCGGGUUGCGCGCCAGAGUAAAUCCAUUCAAUUCUUUCAGCAGUAUUUCCUCUACCUAAUGAUCCCUUACUAGUAUCCAACAGAACUCUCAUACAUGCCAUGGAAAAGUAGGUGAGACUCGACAAGACGCUGGUACUAGUUUCUUCAACAAUGUUUAAGGAGAAAAAGUACGAAAGUGUCAGCCUUUUGAGCACAGGACAAGUAACUCAUCACAAUACUCAAAAAACGAAAACUCUAGACGGCGACAACAAAUUGACGUCCCCGGCAGGCAACACGAGCAGUGGCGGUGGCAGCGCGGCAAAGCCGUCCAUGAACGAAACAAUCCGAAGAGCGCAAGAGGACGCGGAAAAAAAGGUGAGACAGGAAGCGGCACUGAUGCAAGAGCUAAGCCACCAUAAGGACGACUACUUGUAUUACCCGCAGGCAUACCACGCGCCCAUGCAAAGCGAUAGACCAGGUAUAACUUUUUGUUUCACGACAUACACAUACGUCCAAAAACACAUGGACUGCGAUGGUGUUUCUGUUUCCAAGUUUUUCGAAGACCAAUCUAUUAUGCGACAUUCGCUGCACGCACUCCCAUAAACUGAUUCUGGAAGCAAUCUUUUCUACAGUUCCACCAAAGUCACUGAUCCCGGUCGGUAGUGAAGUGACCAUCAUCGACUUUCCAAUUCGAGAAUUGAAUGGUGCCAAGGGAGUUGUGAAGGCCUUUGACGACAGUUCCUGUAGAUACAAGGUGGAGGUGAACGACGCCAAAAAAGGCCCACAAGAGUUCUUGAUGCCCAAAGACAAGCUCCGGAUCGACACGCUCACGUUACCGGUAAGAUGCUGUAGUUUUUUUUUGUAAAUCUAAAUUUGCAGCCUUGCGGUUCCGGCCUAGAGUAGAUUAGAGAAUGUUUCUAUUUCUUGCUCUUACGCUGACUCUUAGCAGCGUAGUUGGAAAGAUUUUCACUACAUACAAAAUAGAGUUGGGUAUGUGUCACUCCUACUAGAAGUUUCUUCUCCACAACUUGUCCAGGCCAACGCGGAGCACGAGAGGCAGAUGAAAGAAAAGCAGGCGGCGGCAAAGGAAAUUUUAACCGCUGCAAUCAACGGCGGGCAACAACCCGGCAACUCCUCUUCCUCCGCGCCGCAGGCCGGCACGCCUGGCGGACAGCAAACGCAAAGUCGACAGUACGGUGGACCCUCGCCCACUGCCGCAAGUCCGGGUUAUGGCACCACACACACGCUGGUCCACCAGCCAGUCAACGCCGCGAUGCAGGCGCAAUUGCAGGCACAGCAGCAACAGCAGCAGCAACAGGCCGCCGCGCAGGCACAGCAGCAGGCCGCGCUCCAGAACGCGGCUCUACAGCUUGCUGCUGCAGGCAAGAUGAAGGGGGCACUGCCACCGAUGAUCAGCCCCGCACUGCAAAUGAAGGGUUUAGUGCCGGCGAUGUAUCAGCCGCAGCUGAUGGCAGGUCCGUUGAAGGGAAAACCUCUUCUCGCGGGCGCAAUGGGACCCAAAGGAUUCCCAAUGCCGGGGCAGCAACCGGGUGCCGCAGGAAAGCCCGGCAGCCCAUACGAUCCGGCCAAUGCGCAGGCAAUGGCCAUGCUGUACCAGCAACAGAAGGCUGCAGGUAUCAAAUGUUUGUUUUUUUUUGACGGCGCUGCAGUUGGUAGACUAAAAAAGUCAAGUGAGUAGUCGCUCAUGCUCUACUGAUGAAUAUUUCAUCCAUUUGCAUACGCGACAUCACUUCAAGUUCAAAGUCGAUCUGCCAUUCCGCAUUGUGCAAAUGCUGGGCUGGUGCAGUAUGAUCUUCUACAUUGCACCGCACUACACAAACUUCCCUCAUAACAGUCAUCAGACAACACAUGCACAAUCAACAAUUUCCGAAUCCGAAUGUUGUAGCUGCCAAGAGUCCGAUGGAUCCCAUGGCCGCGGGCAAGCAGGGAGGACCAUUGAUGGGCGCCAUCGACCCGUACGGUGGAAAGGGCCCCGGAAAGAUGAAGCCAGCGAACGCGGCAUCCCCGGUAUUGGCAGUCGGAAAACCAGAAGAAGCACCCGGAAAUAAAGGCUCCCCGGCCGUCGUGCAGCAGGUUGUGGCCGCCCCCGCCCCCGCGCCGCCCGUUGCCGCCAUCAACAGUCCCAAACUGCCGCCACCAGAGCUUACGAUUGAGGAAAAAUCAGGAGGCAAAGGCACCAAGUGGCGUGUCCGCCUCGGAGCAGAAGACUUCAAAGACGCUAUCGUAUUGCUGUUGGUUUUACUUACAAUAUUUCCGCAGUGCCGAGUCCGAACUAGACCCCGUCUUCACAACUACAUUGUCCCCGUAUGCUACAAAUGUUCACGCCGACGACGCUCGCGCCUUUGAGUGCAAAUUGGUACAUAUCUUUAAUGAAAACGGAAACGAAAUAAACCAGGUCCGCGAAGCAGCCGAUAUGUCGUCGCUGGAAACCCGUCGACUCUUGCCCGGCGAUACCUGUGUGCAGGCGGGGGAGACGAUUCGUGUCGACCCCGGCGUGGUUCGCAUGCCGAUCGAACCGGACGGGUGGGUCACGGUUCAUGCGCGCGCGAUUGGUGGCCCGACCUUUUUGGAACUUGCCCCCGAAGACGAGGUCGAGUCCGAACCAGACUACGGGGAUGUCCCAGGUACUAGCGAAACUAAAUGGAAAUGCAUAAAAAAUUUUACGAACUAUCAUGACAAGGAGCAUGUCUACAUAAAUCUAUCGACACGCAAGUAGAGCGUGAAGGGCCUCCUGAUGAUGAAUUUCAACUGCUCAUGUUGGUCGAGCAAAAUUUUGCUGAAGCAAUGCGGAGCGAAUGAGAUUCCGGUAUUUGUACGUAGAAGUUAGAUCAGCUGGUGCUGUCGUUUUAGUUUUUCAAACUAAAAUUUUUCGUAGGUCUGGAUGUUGAGCAGCGCAUUUACCCAUUGCCAUUUCUGCUGCGGUUCAAGCUUGUUGCCGCUACACUUGAAGGCGACAAUCCCGCGAAGGGACUUGUCACUGCCAAACUCGCGGAAACGCGACAGGGUGGUCGGGUCAAGGACAAGGAGUAUUACAAAGAGAAGCACGAGUAUUGAUGUUUGGAUAUGCUGUUGCAGCUUUAUGUUUUUUCUUAUCUAAAUGUUACGAUGCUUAACACUUUAGCUGCAUUAUGUCGUGUGUCAAAAACAAAAUAUGAAACUGAGCGCAUCGUGCUCACAGUGUACGUAUAUUCGGCCUGGUCGAAAGUAGAAACUCAUUCAAAUUCGACGCUACCCUACUCACCUUAACGCAGGCGCCAGGCACGGGAGGGUGGUAAGCGCGGAAAUGGCAAGAAAGGCGGUGGUCGUGGUGGAGACCGUGACGGUGGAGCAGGCGACCGAGACAAUAACUUUCAGCAGAGCUCCUCGAAAGAGCCCCAGGACGCGGAGCAGAGCGAAGAGCAGCCGUACAGCUCUGCGAGCGCCGAACACGAUAGCAGGGAGGUUCCGCCCGGGAAAGGCAAGGGCGAAAACGGAAAGAAGGGCGACGGUAAGAAAGGUUCCGGAAAGAAGGGCAAGGCGCGAUACGACGACCGGGAGCCGCGAGAAGUGUACAGCGAGGAGCGUCGGGAGCGCGGACCGAUCGGCGGCGAACUACACAUCGAUGACGGAGAGGGAGAUAACAGUAAAACAAAUAAGCAGGCCGCCCAGCAUUGGGAGGAGGACUGGAACAAGUCGUGGAAACAAGACAGGUAAUGAAGCAUGAUGAUAUUCAUUCAUAUUUUUCGUACUAGGUUGAGGUUGUUUUGUAAAUGGCCGUCGAGGAAGUAGAGUUAGUUUUUCUACUGCUUGAGUAUGCAGCUGUCGCUUUCCCCCGCCCUGGUCCUUUUUACUUUUUCGGUGUAGUUUGUCGAUUGGCCGAAGGGUCGACAACUCUAACGUGCAGAUUAUAUAUUCCUCCUUCGUCCUUGCAGGGCCUACGACAAACGCGCGUACAAGGAACAGGAAUGGUGGGGCGAGGAGCGAACGAGCAAGCGGGAACACAAGUCCAAUUGGUACAAUGAGCAGGGCUACAGCACGAGUGGCAAGAAGCAGUACGACCGGUACGAGGAUUAUGGCGCUUCCAAGUACGAUAAGUAUGGCAACGCGAGUAGUGGAAAAGAGUACUACGCGUACGACAAAAAUUACGCAUCUCCCUCGGACUACAAGCCCUCCAAGCGCGACAAGCACGGCGAAAAGUACUCGCAUGAGAAGGAGAAAUCUCAUUCGGAGCACAAAUCGCCCAAGUCCGGCGGUGGAGCUGUUGACAAAAACGGCCACAGGAGCGGAAAGGGCUCCGACCAGAAGGAGUAUGGUGGUGCGGAGGGUCCCGCCCCCGUAGAAGGGAGAGAUCAGGUAGAUGUUGUUUUCCAUGCAAGUCGAAUAUAGAUUGAAAAUCAUGAAUGCGGGCAUGAUCGACGGCGUCAAAUAUCAAAUUCUCGGCGUUUUCCCUGAGUGAUUCGGAUUCUUGUUCCUGUUUUACAUCAUUGUGACGAGGAGCAAGAUGUUAAUCAUGCACGAUCUUUGAUCUGGCUCUGGGUUUGGCGGGUUGUUUCACGUACUUCAUCUUAUUUAGAAAGUGAAAGACUGUCAAUUAUCAAUCGACAUAACACGACUCAAACAGACCGAUGCAGUGUCGACAUCGAAAAAGCACAAGACGCCCGAGAAGUCUGCGGAGAAGCACCAGGAGGCCACAACCACAGCGGAGGAGCCUGCGUCUGCCUCUGCGGAGCAGGGCCAGGCGGUCGAGGCUCAAUCGGGAAAUUGUACCCAACAGUGAAGAGAACGAAGUAGAAAAGUAAAUCUAAAGAAAAAAAAAUCAAUUCUGAAAAAAAGAAAAUUGCAACGCGUAGGCGACGCUUGUGCAUUACAGACAAUACUACGGCCGUACUCCAACCAACGCUGGUGCCGUCGAGGUAGAUGGUGUGGUAAAACCAAAAGAUAUGCAAUUCGAAAGAGCAAGAUCAAACUGGAGCAAAAAAGGAGCGGCACUGCGACAAAAAGCAGCGCACCCCUAUUCCAGGAACAGGAACUCCAGGCAAAUUAAUAUAGAAGGUGCCCGCUGCUUGCGCCGCAUGAAUCCCAUCGCCAUCAGCAUCGAAGUGCAUAAGUAUGAGUAUCCGCCUUAGAUUUGAUGCUGCAUUUGUUUCUAUGAAACUUGCUGUAGGGUCAAGAAGGUAGAAGUAUGCUGUCACUUAUGUUGUCGUGACGCGUCCGUGGAAAAGGAAAAGCACUAGGGCAUCGUCUAUAAAUAUGCACGAAUCUUUCGAACUUUUUGAACGCCUUGAUAGCGAAGGCGUGGCUGCACAUUUUUUUCCGCUGUGGCUUUCCCUAGUAUUGCAAUUGAUACAUAGGUGAAAGAUCACGACGUUGGUCCUUCUUUUUUGAAACAAUUUAACUUUUUUUUUCUUCCUUUCCAGUCAGUGCCAAUUCUAUUCAGAAGAAUUGAAUACUACACCAGUGUAGAUGUUGUUUCAACGAACCAUUUAAUGUCUAGUUUCCUUUUUGUGUUUGAUUUACUCCAAUGUCCUGUUGAAAGCGACUGCUUUUAUCUAUUUAUUUUUCGUUCCUAAAAACAAAAAGUUUCAAGAAAAAAAAUCCUUGAGUAUCUACAUCAUGAUGAGUCGUAUCUACUGCUUUGUCAAGAAGAAAAAAAACGCAAAAACGCACCUGAUGAUGGAAAGAUGUAUUGAUGGGGCAAAAGCUACCUCCUCGGUUUGUGGAUUCUUCAUCUGUCUUUUCGUUCUCAGGUUGCACCAAAAAAACGAUUUUAAGUACUACUAUCACUUUCCGUCAUAUAUUCCAUUCGUACUAGAACUAGGCUUGUCCACAACUAUGUUUAUGGUUUUUAUUCGUUGGUAAUAUCAAAGAUAUAUUUCGAAAACAGAACAAGCGAUAUUUGUUGCGGUCUGAAUAUCGUUGGCUAUUACAGAAUCGAGAAAAUCUGAAUCAAAGCCGUUGCCUUGCUGAGUCUCGUUUGGAGAUAAAAGCAGCAACAGCAAAUAGAUACUUCUUCGACAUAAUCAUUUGUUGUACCUAUCUGACUGUACAUGUGUACUGCUGACCAGGACCUGCCACCGAACACGCAGGACAGCAAAAAAAAUUAUAGGCCGAAAGUCGAGGAGCGUCGCCGCUACAAGAAUUGACUCUAAUUCUUUCGCAGAUUUUUUUACAACGAGGUGGGCUAAUUAGUUUACCGCAAGGGUCGGAGAGGUAACAAAGAAGAAAAAGUAUAGCAGGCAUUAAGUACAGUGGAUAAAACGAAAUCCACAGAUAACGACAGAAGUGGCCUGCAAAAGCAUCCUCGACGACGUGAAACCAAUCAAUGGAAGGCGAAGUAGUCCUAGUCCUGUUUGACGACCUGGGACGCCUCGCUCGAUCGGUCGUGUUGAAAUCGUACUCGAUUCGGACGAAGCAGACUUUCGCUUUUACACCUGUACCUAUUACACUGUCCGCAGCGAAUCAUAUUUAAAAGAACUACAUCAUGGUCACUACCUAUUUGAACAGUUGAACUGAGUAAAAUUGAAAUGAACCAAUAUAUUGAUGCCUCUCGUCAUUCCAAUCGGAAAUGGCAGGUUUGACCCAUUUGACAACAGAUUUAUGGGAGGGGAAUGUGGGUUUGUGAGAUCAGCUUCAUAGCCUUCCCUUAAGAUUUACGACACUCAUCAACAAUCUAGUUAAUAUGUUGUGUUUCCAUCCUUUUUGUCAUUACGCGACGACCAAGUCAGAUAAGAAUCCCUGACUGACAUAACCCAGCAACAAGGACUGCAAUCUCGACACGAACCGCAACAGCAUUGUUGUGACGCUAGCAUGUGUAGAGCAGUCUUCCAUCGGCCGCUAGUGUCUAUUAUUUCCGGACAUGAGGCGCGCGGCAGGAAACUCUUGAAAAACUCGCGAGGAGAAGGCAAUGUCAGACCGGUGUCAUCAAAUUCAAAGUACCGAUGACAACGCAACUUCACUUCUAGUACACAACCACGCCGGUGCUGUCUGCUACGACAAAUUACUACAGCCUCUAGUAGAGUAAGUAAAGAAAAUUUUCACUUUUUCAUCCUUCAACAGCAGCCGCAUAAAUUGGCGAAAAAAACAAUGUCAAUCUCCGUUUUGUAGUAAGGAGAACGAGAAAUUGAAAUACAGUUGGUCGCUGUUGUGUGCCCUUCGAUCCGAGCUCAGACAAGAUGAGGAAAUGGAAGCGAGUAAAGACGAGAAAUCCUGAACUUCUGCUAGACUGCGCUUGCAGACCACUUGCCGUCAGUUCUACUACUUUGUUUUGUUUGUUGCACGGAGAAAUUCAUGCCAUUCGUUUUACCCCGUCCCCUGCCUCAUGUUGCAUUCUUUUCGUUGUGUACACAACUGAAUAACCAUCCUGAUUUUCGAGGAGAGCGAACUCACCCCGGCUUCCUUAUGUUGGCAGGCGACGUUACCGUCGUGUUGCUUUUCUUGUUCAGUGUCUACAUCUUGG